AGUCCCCAAAAUGGCAAUUAUUAACCUUAACUGUGUCCUCCUUAAUGACGAUAAUAAAACAUACUCCGAAGACGAAAUUUUUACAAUUGAGAUUUCUAAGGAUAAAAAGUAUGAAUUGGUCAAAGAUAUGGUAAAAAACCGCCUGGCACCCUUUUUCAAUUCCGUUCCUUCUACUAAAAUCCGUCUUUCUCUAUCCCCGGGUGGUCAUGUUAUCAAACCAAUGUGUAGAAUUUCUGAAGACUUUCCUAAUAGUCCCUCUGAUGGUGUUCAUAUUUAUGUACUCUCCUCACCAAAAAAAUAA